AUGUCCAAUACGUCUUUAGAAGAUAAAGUUAAGCCUAAAGACACUGAUGCAGAUCAAAGCGAGUCUAUGAAAACCGAGUGCGUGGGUGAAGCGAGUGAAUUGUGCCAUAGUGGAGUGCGAGUGAAGAUGGAGGCUGAUGAGGACGAUGUGAAGAGCGCUGGUCAUCGUGAGAACCGUCUCACCAGCAUCAUCGACCAGCUGAGGUGCCAGAGCAAAUUGAAAGGUAUGUCG